AUGUGCUUACUUUACUAAUAAAUAGCAAAGCCUACUUUGACUUUACAGAAUAAAAGCAAAAAAGAAAAUAGGUAACAGUUUCAAAAUCCAAAAAAAUUUGAAUCCUCAAAUUAUCAAUUCAAUAUCCAAAAUUAGACUUCAUAUAUUCAAUUAAGAGGUGGGGGAUGCUGUGGAACAAAGAAAGUCUAUUCUGAUUUUACUUAUAGAUAAAACUAACUUGAAGAGAAUUUUGCAUCUGAUUUAUAACAAUUUACUAACAUCAUUAUAGAGAAAUCAUUAAGGUUUUAAGAUAAAAUGUAUUAAGAUGAAGUGCUUUCAGCAUUUUAGUGGUUUUAAAAUCAUAAAGAGCAAUUUCAUAUAAUCUGUCAAGAAGAAUCUUUACUCUCACACAAUUAUGAAUUAAUAGAAAAAAUGGUUGAAUAACUACUGAAAUAAUUAACUACUUACCUCAAGCUUUCUGGUUACCUAUUUUACUCUCUGCUCUAAAUUUGUAAUGAUCUAUUUAGAAUAAUAUUUUCAUAUUAAUUAAAGAAUGAAGAAAGGUAUAUGAAGGAAGAUUUAAAAAAAAAAUUAUUGGGAUAUUAUAUCUGA